UGAUUUUACUUGGUUUCGUGAUGCCCCUUUGUAUAUGCUCCGUUUGGCUACUGAGGACGUGCCAAGGAAAACAUAGGAUAGGAAUCUUAGGUUAUAACUGAACUGAAGCAUACCAUAUUGGAUAUUUUUUCUUUUCUGAAGCAUUGGACAAGAACCUGAGUUUUUUAUGUGGAACAUUGUUGCUUAUCUGGAAAUUUUAGUGAAUUUGCUUAGUUUUGGUUGAUGAGCACUACUAUCUGUUCCUCAUUAGCUAUAUAGUAUUUGUUUAACUGGGCAAUAAUAACUACUCCAGUUAGCUGCUUCGCUGUUCCUCACUGUGUCUUUUUAUUUUGCUGAAUUACAGAAAUGUCUCACUCAUCAGAAGAGGAAACAGAUAUAAGUGAUUCAGAGUUAGAGGAAUACACCGAGGAGUGUCACAAGAGCUUAAUGGAUGGGGGUAUCAAGAUAGAAUUAUCGGAUGGGGUGUGUAGAUGGUGGUAUUGCCAAGGGAGGAAAAAGAGGGAUUACAAAUACAAGGAGCUUCUGCAGCAUUGUUCUAGUUUUGGGAGCAAGAAUGUAAAACAGAAAGGGAGACAUUUAGCCCUAGUGAGGUACAUGGAAGAGCAGUUUAAGGCAAAUGGGUCAAUGUCCAAAUCCACAACAGAGGCUAUUGAUGCUCCUGUGGGACACGAUAGCACUGAGUUGUUUGUUUGGCCGUGGGUAGGGAUAGUAGCAAACAUCCCUGUUGAGAAAAGGAUGGGCGUUACAUUGGGAAAAGCGGGUCAAAUCUUAGGGAUAAGUUGGCUGCACAGGAUUUCAAUCCAGUGAGGGUUACUCCCAAAUGGAACUACAAGGGCCAUUCCGGAUUGGCAGUGGUGGAGUUCAGUAGAGACUGGCCUGGAUUUCACAACGCAAUGAUGUUUGAAAAGGCUUUUGAAUCAAACCAAAAGGGCAUGAGGGAUUACUUUGCAGCAAAGCACAUUGGAGAUGAACUAUUUGGAUGGGUUGCUCACGAUGAGGACUUCCACUCUAACAGUAUAGUUGGUGAACAUCUCCGGAAGACUGAUCUGAAAAGUAUUUCUGAAAUUGAAGCAGAGGAUAAGCGGAAAGAUACAAAGCUUGUGACGAAUCUGACUAAUGUGAUCGAGGUAAAAAAUAUGCGGCUUAAGGAGAUUGAGUGCAAAUACAACUAAAAAUUACUGUCACUGAGCGAGUGGAUGAGUCAGAAAGAUAAGAUGCACAAAGCUUACAAUGAAGAGAUAACAAAGAUGCAGCAGAAUGCGCGCAGCCAACUUGAAAAGAUUUUGGAGGACCAUGAACAUAUUAAUAAGCAAAUAGAAUUGCAGAGCAAAGAGCUUGUGCAGCGUGAGAAAGAACUGGAGAAAUGGGAGGCCCGAAAUGAAGAUGAAAGGAGGAAGCUCGACUCUGAGAAGAAAAUGAAUGAGAGAGCUACCUUGGAGCAAAAGAUAGCAGAUGAAAACCUUCUAAGGCUGGUAGAAGAUCAACAAAGAGAAAAAGAAAACCUUCAUGCAAGAAUUUUGGAAUUAUAGAAGAAAAUUGAUGCCAGGCAAGCCCUGGAGUUGGAGGUAGAGCGUAUGAGAAGGGCAAUACAAGUUGUUCGACACAUGGGUAAGGACGGGGAUUUGGAACAGAAGAAGAAGAGGAAUGCACUUCAACAAGAUUUAGCAAAAAAGGAGCAAGACCUUGAAGAUCUAGAAUCCCUGAGUCAAGCUCUCAUUAUAAAGGAACGCAAAAGCAACGAUGAGGUUCAACAAGCUCGCAAGGAGUUAAUUAAUGUGAGUAGUAUUCUUGUUCAUGGUUCUUAUAUGGGCUGAUAUGUGAUAAGAUAAGUGGGAAACCCUUUGGGAAGUAGGUUUGAUGCUUAACUCUUUGUGCAUUGAUCAUGCACUGUUUUGCUGAUCUAUUUUACAUCAAUAACAGAGAAAUAAAGUAAUUCACUGUGUAUCUUACUUUGAAGUGAUGAGCAUUGUCACUUGGGAAUUCUAUAAAUGGAAUAGAAAAACGGGUAGGGAUGACUCUGAUUGUUUGCAUACUUG